AAAUCUAAUGUAAACCAAAUAUUCUGACGAAAUAUGAAAAUCAUAGGAUACGAAUAAAAAUAAGCUUCAUGGUUGAUGCUGAAACGAGUUGAGUGGUGCUCUGCUGAUAAUGAUUAAUCGGGUUUGGGUUGGUAGCAUCAGGAACUUUGAUAUGCAGGCUGAAUUGUUUAGGAUCCUUCAUGCAUCUUGUGUUUUCUGUUGGAAAGGGUUAUUUUGUACUGGGUAUGGAUGGGAUACCUCUGCUGUGUGAUCCUCUUGUAAUGCCUGGAUUUUAAGUUAAUAUGAUAGCAAUUUAAAUUUGGAACUGAACUGUUUUUCUUACAGGGAAUUGCUCUUCCCUUGUUGAUGAAUGAAAUGCUUAAUUUUCAAAAAUAAAAGAAAGUAUAUAAACAGGUUUAUGUAAUUCAUGAAUUACACUGCUUUAAUAUGAUUAUCCAAAUAGAUCAUUUUCAGCAAAAACAGAUCCUGUUUUGCUGCAUGAAACCCUUUGGCAUCCCUGCAGCCUGUAAUUUAGUUUCAUUUUCUGUAGGUACAGAAACCUGAAAGCUAGAACGUUUUGAAUGCUGUAUCGUGUGGAAAUGAUGUGGCUGCUGAUCAGCCGAAAACCAGUGGGGUUUUUCAUGCCCAGGAUUACUUAAAAAGUAGCUGGCCAUGUUUGAGUCCAAGAUGGUGUUCCUUGGUCAAGCAUUUCCGCCUAUUGUCUAAAAGCAUUAAGCUUAUACCUUUCAAUGCUCCUCAGCCCGCAAAGAUUGAAGUCUUUUGAAAUCAAAUCAGCUCGCAUCUUUAGGGCCCUGAUCAUAGAGUCCAACACUUUGAUCCCCAAACUCCUCCCCCAGUUCAUAAAGAGUGUGGAUGUAAUCCAAGGAGACGGAGGAGCUGGAAGCAUUGAGCAAGUCAACUUCACUGAAGCCACCCAUUUCAAGUAUGUUAAGCAUCGGAUUGACGAACUCGACAAAGAAAACCUUAUCUGCAAGUACACCAUGAUCGAGGGAGAUGCUCUGGGUGAUAAACUUGAAUGUGUUGCAUACGAGGUCAAGUUCGAAACCAUAAGCGAUGGAGGCUGCACCUGUAAGAUGACGAGUAACUACCACACACUGGGGGAGUUUGAGAUAAAAGAGGAGGAAAUUAAGGCAGGCAAGGACAAAGCAAUGGGGAUAUACAAAGUUGUGGAAGCCUAUCUUUUGGAGAACCCUACUGUUUAUGCUUAAUUCCUUAAUGCUAUCAUAUGCUUUUACAA